CUGCAGCCCGGAGUCGAGCACAUCUGCCCGGUGCGACCACCGGUGAACAUCCCUUCCCUGAACCGCAGCGUUACACGCACCGAGGGUCGCUGCUGCCGGGUAAGGAGAAGUCAGGAAAAAUUGAAGUUACCCAAACCAUAUCCGUUCCCUCUCUAUUUUGGCUCUGACCAAGUGGGUAUUGUUCUACAAAUGGAUAAUGGAGACUGGGGCCAUAGGAUGACUUCUCCUGUUACUCUGAAUGUGGGAGGCUGCCUCUACACCACCAGUCUAUCCACCCUGCAGCGCUAUCCAGACUCCAUGCUGGGCGCCAUGUUCAGGGGAGAUUUCCCCACCACUCGCGAUUCCAAAGGGAACUAUUUCAUUGAUCGGGAUGGAACACUAUUCCGAUACAUCCUGAACUUCCUGCGGACGUCCGAGCUCACCCUCCCGGUGGAUUUCGCAGAGACAGACCUCUUGAGGAAGGAGGCGGACUUCUACCAGAUCGAACCCUUGAUUCAGUGCCUUAGCGAUCCCAAGCCGCUGUACCCUCCCGACAUCUUCGAGCAGGUUGUAGAGCUCUCCAGCACUCGGAAACUGUCAAAAUACUCGAACCCUGUGGCUGUUAUCAUCACGCAGUUAACGAUUACAACGAAGGUUCAUGCCUUGCUCGAAGGCAUUGUCAACAACUUCACCAAGUGGAACAAACACAUGAUGGACACCCGAGACUGUCAGGUGUCGUUCACUUUCGGACCAUGUGACUAUCAUCAAGAGGUGUCAUUACGGGUUCUCCUCAUGGACUACAUUAUGAAACAAGGCUUCACCAUCAGGAACACGCGUGUGCAUCACAUGAGCGAGCGUGCAAACGAGAACACAGUGGAGCAUCACUGGACUUUCUGUAGACCAGCUCAAAAAGUUGAAGACUGAGUUAAAGCACAUAAAGCACUUGUCUUUUUUUAUACUGCAUAAAUCAUAGACAAAACAAGUUUCAGUAUAACUAAUACUAAUUUAAAACUAUUUAGUUCUACAGUGCACACACUUCAAACUCCAGACAUUGAGAACAAGAAACAGCCAAUCUGUGAAAUAAUGUGUUACCGAGACAUGUAUGAAAUUCCUUGCAACAUACAUUUCUUGAGGUUACGAAAAAAAUGUAUAAAGCAAUGCCAUCAUAAUUGUAUUAAUUUAGAUACUAUGCAUUAUACCCCAAUCAUGCCAAAAAAAAUUGGCUACUUUUGUUUUAUUUUCUAGGGGUAAUUUUUUGUUUUAAAGUGACUACAAAACCUGCGUCUGUUUAUUAAAGUGUAAUAAAGUAAUUGUCAUCAUGUAGCCAUGAAUGUAAAUUUAUACCGCGAUCUUGGAGCAGAUUAAGUCCAAAAGAAAAGAUGUUAAAUCUGUCAGUCAUAAGUUAAGUCCUGUCACGUGUUUACUUUUUUAACUUGAUAAUAAUAAAGUAUAAUUAUCUUUAGCCCAGUGUCUUUCUGGACAGUUGACAAUAGAUCUUAGUCCCUUAGCUCUUUAUUCUCUGGAGUACGGUACUGUUUCUGAAGACCCCAGCAGUUGUUGCAUGUGUGUCUUGUAUUUGUUGUGUGUGCUUUGCAGUACAAUGUCUGUUGUUACACUUUAGAGUUCAAGUCAACACUGAUAUGUUUGGCCAUCUUUUGAAAAUAAAACCAUUUGUAUAUUU